AUGUCGUCAAACGAGCUCGCGCCCAGCUUCGCGCCAUUCUUUGGCAUGAGCGGAAUCGCGUUUGCUAUGAUCUUUGGAUGCGCGGGAGCUGCCUAUGGCACAGCCAAAGCAGGCAUCGGCAUCGCGGGUAUCGGAACAUACAGGCCAGACCUGAUUAUGAAGUCGCUCAUCCCCAUCGUCAUGUCCGGUAUCUUGGCCGUCUAUGCCCUCGUCAUAUCCGUCCUCAUCGCCAGCGACAUUAAGCCGCCGCCGGACAACACAUACUCGCUGUAUGCUGGAUUCAUGCACAUGGCUGCUGGCUUGUCAGUCGGAUUGUCAGGUUUGGCUGCAGGCUACGCGAUUGGAAUCGUGGGAGACGCUGGCGUGCGCUCUUUCAUGCGCCAAUCGAGGAUCUUCGUCGGCAUGGUCCUCAUCCUCAUUUUCGCUGAAGUUCUGGGUCUCUAUGGACUCAUUGUCGCUCUUAUCCUUAACACCCGCGCAAGUGGUUGA